AUGCUCUCUGCUGCUCUGCGCGAGGAUAAAAGAUCGAUCAUUUGCUCGAUCCGCAGCCUUUCAUUCCACCGUUCAUGUCGGCCUCUGAGUGCCGCUCCCAAUCCGCCUUCGCAGGGGGACGGCGGCAUCUUCUGGUGGAACUCGGCCAUCACCGCUGCUCUCGACAACGGCGAGGUGGCGAACGCAUGGCAUCUCUUCGAGCAAAUGCCGCACAGGAAGAACCACGUCACCUGGAACUGCAUGCUCUCCGGCCUCGUCAAGAACCGCAGGAUCGCCGACGCACAGCGCGUCUUCGACUCGAUGCCCAGAAAGAACGUCGUCGCCUGGACACUUCUACUCACAGGCUACGCCAAGUGCGGCCUCGUCAAGGAAGCGCGCGACGUGUUCGACCGAAUUCCUGAGAAGAACGUGGUUUGCUGGAAUGCGAUGGUGUCGGGGUACAUUCGCAGUGGGAGCGUCGGGAAGGCGAGGGAGCUAUUUGAUGCAAUGCCGGAGAGAAAUAGCAACUCGUGGUCAAUCAUGGUUUCAGGGUACCUGAAGAACAAGCUCGUCAACGAAGCGAAGGUUUUGUUUGAUCGUGCUACGACUCGUGAAACGCACAUUUUCAACGCUUUGCUGUCCGGGUAUGUUGAAUUGGGCCGUCUGAGCGACGCCGUGGAAUUGUUCAGUCAAAUGCCCCAAAGGGACGUCAUAUCUUGGAACACGAUGAUUACAUGCUAUUCGCGAUAUGGGAAGAUGGAACUUGCUCAGAACUUGUUUGAUGAUAUGCCCAAAAAGGAUACGGUGUCAUGGACAGCACUCAUGCAUGGCUAUGUGAGGAACAAAAAUCUUGAUGCUGCUAAGAGAAUCUUUAAGGCCAUGCCGAAUCGCGAUGUCAUGACGUGGAAUACGAUGAUGGGUGGCUUAGUGCAGAAUGGCAUGCUUCAAGAUGCCUUGAAAUUGUUCACUGACAUGCCGGAAAAAGACAUUGUAUCGUGGAAUACUAUUUUGCAGGGUUAUGUUAAUCAGAGUGACAUGGCUGGUGCAGAAACAUGGUUUGAGAAGAUGCCCAAAAGGAGUGAAACUUCAUGGAACACGCUAAUUUCUGGAUACCGAGAUGACCAGGCUUUGGUUCUGUUUUGUGAUAUGGUGAAAGAGGGAUUUAGACCAGACCAAGGUACUUUCAGUGUUGUAAUCUCAGUGUGUGCUUCUCUUGUUGCACUUGGUUGGGGGAAAAUGCUUCACCUCUGUGUGAUUCGAGCUGGUUAUCAGCAUGAUGUCUUAAUCAUGAGCUCCUUAAUUUCAAUGUAUUCAAGUUGUGGGCUGGUUAGUGAUGCUGCUCUAGUCUUUGAGUGCAUUUCAAAGAGGGAUACUAUCUCAUGGAAUGCCAUGAUCGCGACAUAUGCUUACCAUGGCUCUGUGGUAGAAGCUUUCAAACUAUUUGAUAAGAUGAUUCAGCAGGGAUUUGACCCAGAUCAUUCAACAUUUUUGACUCUCUUGCUAGCUUGUGCUCACAAAGGUUUGGUUGAUGAUGGUUGUCGAUACUUAAUGUCUAUGCAGAAGGAUUGGAAUUUGAUUCCCAAAUCUGAACAUUAUUCAUGCAUGGUCGAUCUCCUCGGAAGGUCUGGACUUAUCAAUCACGCUCAUGAAUUUACUGAGAAUAUACCAGUACAUCUUAAAACGUUUGCUUGGGAAACUUUACUAAGUUCAUGUAGAUAUCAUGGAAACUUGGAGAUUGGAGAAGUAGCUGCAAGAAGGGUCUUAGAUUCCCUACCUUCCGAUGGAGGAAUGCAUACCCUUGUAUCCAACAUGUAUGCUGCCAGAGGAAAGUGGGAGAGUGCAGAAAGUGUUAGGAUGUCAAUGAAAAAGAUGGGUUUAAAGAAAGAAACCGGUUGCAGUUGGAUUGAGGUAGAGGGCAGAAUGCGCUCUUUUGUAUCCAAUGAUAAAUCAGAUCCUCUUAUUGAGGAGAUAUGCCAAGAACUAGACAAUAUUUCACUCAUAAUAGAAGGUAGUAGCUGACAACGUCGAACAUGCCUUUUGUUAUUAAUUUAUCUGCAGAGAGGAGAUCCAUAAAUGGUUCGGUCUCACAAUAGAGCAGUAAGACAGAGACUUGGAGAUUACCUCACUUGACACUUCUCACCAAGCAGUCCACAAUCCAACAACCAUAUUUGUGGUUACCAGCUUCAACGAAGUCGUGUUUCAGAAUGUCAAUAUCAGCAAGUGACUCAGGAACCUCUGUUCUAUUCAAUUUUCCUGUAUUUGUAUGGUCAAACAAGAAGAGAUUGCAAAAAAACGUAGCAUUUGACACUGGAUGUCUCCUAAAUAAUAGAGCCACCUGUGCAAAUGUGUAAUGAGAGCAUCGACAUCACCUCUUAUAUAUCAACUACUCUCGAUGGUGUCCACCGACCAUCACUUUUUGGACAGCAAGUUGUUAAGCCAGUUGAUCCACUUCAUCAUGUCUACAGGUUUGUUUGCAAAGUCAAAAGACAAUCUGAAGUGCCAUCACAAGAUUUUGCUUGCUGUUGUGCAUUCCAUCUUUAGCUCUCUGGAGUAUAUAUUCUGAGGAACUGACAUGUAUAGCCUAUCAGCCAGGCAAAAACUUUUCCAACACAUUCAGUUCUGUAAUCGACCAAUGCCAAGAAGCAACACAUUCCAAAGGUCCUUAUUUUGUUUCCCUUCUCUUUUUCCCACCUUCCAUUUUGCUCUCUCCUUGCUGUUGCUUUAGCAAUCUUGGUGGUGGGGGCGGAGCAUGGUUUCUUGUGUAGGGCAAAGCAAGAAGCAAAGAGAAAGGGAUGAUGCAUGCAUGCAUGCAUCCAUACAUGGGCCCUUGACAUCUCGGUGGAUUGGAGUGUUGCCUAAGUCAUGGCUUUAGGAAUCAUUGUCCUUAUUGCUAUUCAUCUUCGAUCCCUUCUUACAGUAGGACGCCAUUUCUGAUUCAUAAAACAUAGUUUCCUCUCUAGUGUUUGCUUUAAGGAGCCAUGCCGCAAAUGGAGAUGCCGACUUAAUUGCUUCAAGGUGGAGAAGCUGGUCUUGUGGGCCACUUAAAAGUGAUCAACCCCACUCGCUAUCUAUGCAAGGCUGCUCAUUUGUGCCAAAGUUGGCAUCCACUUGGCUACAUAGCUGUGGGAGGAGGAAUAACACAGAAAAUUUUACAUUUUUAUUUUUCUUAUGGUUUUGAGAAUUUAUUAAUAUUUUCUCUGUGCCUUUGCUUGUGAAGAACAGUGAAGAAAUUUCUUCUGCCACCAUGAUGCUGUUCACAGAUGGAUACUUGUCUCCCUCCCCACGAGACAGCGCGACCCAAAGAUGUAGGAAGUGGAGACACAGCAAACCCCACCAUUCCUAUCUUCUAUUCUUCUUUCAUUUAUGUUUGGAAAAUAUUAUUUCAUUCUUUUAAAAAUAAACAAACAAUAGAAGUGACUUAAAAUAUUUUAAUAUUUCAUAACUCUUACACUAUAUUUAGUUAAGGGUAACAUAAUUAAAUUUAUAAUAUAAAUGAAUUUGGAAUGUAAUUAAAUUAUGUAUU